UACUGGGUAGUGAUAGUGACCCUGCCUAUGAAGCCGACGGUCCUGGAUUCGAAUCCCGGUAAGGGCAUUUAUUUGUGUGAGUAGCAAAAAUAGUUCCUGGGAAUCCUGAGUACCUAAUGGGUGUUUUCUAUGUAUUUAAGUACUCGUAUUUAUAUAUUAUGCUCUCGAUAAUCCAGCAGCUUUCGUCUGGGAUGGCGGGCUCUUGUAAUCCGGCAGUACACAGCCAAACGCCGGAGUACAGAGCGGUUGAAUUGUUUAUGUGAUUUCGCUCCCGCUCGGCUGUUCGAUCUUGGGAAGUUGAAAACAAUGCUUUAGAUGACACUUUACUGACUUUUAGGAAGCUAAGAGACAAUAUUAUUAACAAAAUAUAUUAUAAUACGUAGCAAUCUAAAAAAUUUAAUAAAAAAAUCGUUAAUGCAUCAUCUUCCGCAACCGAAAACGUUUUACAUGUUGAACAUAAUAAUAAUGAGACCCAACUUGUUGCCAUUAUUGAUUAAACGAUAUUUUCUAAAUAAAACUUAUUUCCAUACAAAUUCAAUCUGACACUUCCGAUAAUCCGGCAUGGGGGAAAUUUUUCCAGUGCCGGAUUACCGAGCGUCUACUGUAAAUCGAUGUCUGAGUAUCCACAAGCCGCGAAGCUGAUCAGAAGACGCCGUUACGAUUCCGGCCUCGGUCAUUUAAUGGCUUGUUCACCUAUUUUUAGUGAGUCAGAAGGGCGGGUGUACCUAAAUAAAAAUAAUUGAAAAGCAUACCAUAUUUUUGUACCUAAUUUGUACUAUUUAGUACCUCCAUUAAAAAAAAUUGUACCUCACGGUACGUAAAGUUAUCAUCAAAAAACAGUACACCCGCCAUCCUGACAGUCAGAAUGGCGGGUGUAGGUACUUUAUUACGCUAUGUUCCCGUGGUUAUUGAUAAAUUCUAUAAAAGCCAAAUUUUUGUACCUUCAUAUUCAAUUAUAAUAUGAGUCAUUUUAUUUGUGCUUUCCAAGUUUUACUCAUUUUAUAUUUUGCUUGCUAUUACAAUUUUGGAGGCGUUAUAAUUUUUCAAGUUAUCGAUUUCAUUUUUAAGAAAAAACGCUAAGGUACCAUUAUUUUUAUUACGCCAGGAUUUAGUACCUUUUUAAAGGAGGUGCUAAAUAGUACACAUUAGGUACAAAAAUAUGGUAUGGUUUUAAUUUAAUUUUAUUUAGAUACACCCGCCAUUCUGACUCUCAUUAUUUUUAGUAGGUUUAGGUAGUAAAUUACUAUAUUAAAUAACUUGUUGCGCAUGCAACAUUGCACGAUUUCAGUGUAAUUAAACAAACUAUAAAACAUUGCAUGCACAGUUGUCUCAGCUACCAGUGAAGUACCAGUGUCGUCCAGUAAAGAUAGUUGUAUAAGAUUAAUCAUUUGCUGAAUAGAAGCAGGAAUGAGGCUCUCGGCGAAUAUAAUCCUGAUUUCCCUGAUGGCCUGGUGCUGCGCCGGCUACAGGAUCCUGGUGGUGUUCCCUCUGGCGGGCGGCAAGAGCCACAGCAUCCUCGGGGAGGGGGUCGUGCGCCAUCUCCUGGCCGCUGGACACGAUGUAACAUACAUCGCAGGAGUCCCUUCGAAACUGUCUGCUCCCACGCUACGUGAGAUCGACGUCUCAUCUAACAGCAGGAUUUUUAAACCGGGCGAGUUGUGCGACAUUGACAAGGUCCUAAGCCAGGGGAAAGAGAUUGUGUUCGACCAGAACGUAUACCGCUGGCAUCUAAUGCUGGCCAACCAUACGGCCGCGCAUGAAGACGUCCAGAGGCUGAUGUUGGAUCCCAAGGAAGAGUUCGACUUGGUUAUUAUUGACUGGAUUCUCAGUGAAAUCUUAGUCGGCUUAUCUUCCGUAUUCAACUGUCCCUUCAUCUGGCUGUCCUCGCUGGAGCCCCACGGGCGGGUGCUGUCCCUGAUAGACGAGUGGACGGACCCGACCUACGUGCCAGGAGCCCAUUCCAGGGCCAUUCCGCCGUUCACGUUCGCUCAGCGGAUCAGGGAGUUGUUUUAUAUCGCCAGGCUCAAAUAUAUCAGAUGGCAGUUAAUGUCAGAAGAACAAGUACUAUUUGAGCGGGGCGUUCGGCGCUGCGGUGCCAUGCGAGGCAGGCAGCUGCCUGUGCUUGAGGACGUGAAGUACAACGCGUCUCUGGUGCUGGGCAACUCGCAUGUGGCUGCGGGACAGGCCACCAAGCUACCGCAGAGCUAUAUACCCAUAGCUGGAUUCCAUAUUCAAGAUAUCCCCUUACCUGCAGAUUUGCAAAGGAUCAUGGAUGACGCCAAAAAUGGGGUAAUUUACUUCAGCAUGGGAUCCCUGCUGCGAGCCAAGCGCAUGCCAGAGACCCUGAAGCAGGGACUCCUGGCCAUGUUAGGGAGUUUGAGACAAACUGUCAUUUGGAAACUGGAAGAAACACCGAAAAACGUACCGAAGAAUGUCCACAUCGUCAGCUUUGCACCGCAGCAGAGCAUUUUAGCUCACCCAAACUGCAUCCUAUUCAUCACCCACGGCGGACUGCUGUCCACCAACGAAGCCCUCCAUUUCGCCGUCCCUAUCCUCGGCGUGCCCGUCUUCGGAGACCAGUUCCAAAACGUGUACCGAGCCGUCCAGAAAGGAUUUGCGGGACACGUCCGGCUGAGCCACGAGCUCCCACGAGAUUUGAAAUUGGCGAUUCAAGAGAUUAUCGGAAAUCCCAAGUACCGGGAGAAAGCGAAACAGUGGUCUUUCAUCUACCACGACCGACGCGCUCCCGGCUCGGAGCUGGUGCACUGGGCGGAGCACGUGGUGCGCACGCGCGGCGCGCCGCAUCUACGCUCUCUUGCGCUCCUGGUACCCUGGUACCAGAAGAUGUACCUCGAUCUGUUAGGUCUUGUGUUUGUAAUUGUUUUGUUGUGUGUUUUUGUUGUAAGAAGGCUCGUGUCGAAGAAGAUUGAUGUGAAUAAAAAGAAUAAAUGAUUGACCUCGCAAGGCUCACGAUCCUAUCUAUAGUACUUAUUAUGUAUUCGAUGACAAUUAAAGCAUUAUACAUCGGAAUA